AUGUCUUCUUCCGUUUUCUUCAGGUUCAAAAACCAGAAGGAUGUGCAGAGAGUGACCUUUGAUGGCACUGGAAUCUCCGUCUUUGAGCUCAAGAGAGACAUAAUCAACAUGAGCAGACUCGGCGAUGGCACUGACUUCGACUUCAACAUCUACAACCUCGACACCAACGAAGAGUACAACGAUGACACAUCUAUCAUCUCCCGUGGAACCACUGUUCUUGCCAGACGCCUACCUGCUACCAAGCCCGGCGCUGGUAGGGCCGCGCGCUAUGUCUCCGGCAAGAUGCCCGUCAUGGCAAAGAAUCAACACCGAAUCGAACCCUCUAAGUUUGCAGCCGCAUCCAGAACACCCAUGGCUAACGGCGCCGCUCAAGACCCGAACUCGAACAUGACCGAAGAAGAGAAGAUCGCGGCCAUGUUCCAAGCCGGAGGUGCUGCCUGGGAACAACAACAGCAAGAGAUGGCCAAUCAGAAGGCUGUCCACCGCCCUGGCGGCUUCAACAAGAUGGCGAACGUCCCUGACAAGCCUCUUCCUCCAGGCUACACCUGCCACCGCUGUGGUGAGAAGGGUCACUGGAUUCAAGCAUGCCCCACCAACAACGACCCCGCCUUCGAGAACCGUCCCAAGUUCAGACGCACAACUGGUAUCCCGCGCUCCUUCCUUAAGGUCGUCGAGAAGCCCACUGCAUUGUCAAGCGAUGGAACCGUCGACAUCUCCCAGCUGCCUGCCGGUGUCAUGUACACGGCUACUGGAGAGUGGGUUGUUGCAAGGCCAGACGAGGCUGCAUGGGAGCAGUUCCAGGCCAAGGCCAAGGCAGCAGCCGACAAGGCCGAAGCUGCCAACACAGGAAGUCAGGAAUUGAGCGAGAGAGGCUUGGAAUGUCCUAUUGACAAACGCAUGUUCGUCGAUCCAAUGAAAACACCUUGCUGUGGGAAGACAUAUUGCCGUGACUGUAUCGAGAAUGCUCUUCUUGAAAAUGACUUUGUCUGCCCCGGUUGCUCUUCGGACAACACACUAGUUGACAACCUCAUCCCUGAUGAAGAAGCCGUAACCAAGAUCAAAGUCUACGAAGAGGACAAGGCAAAGAUGAAGCUGGAGAAGGAAAAGGAGAAGUCUGCUACACCACCACCUACGGAGCAGCAAUCUACCAAGGAAGCUGCUACCGCAACCGACAGAAAGUCAAACUCACCAAAGCCAGCAUCUGCAAACGGAGAAAAGUCCGCUACCUCGACCCCACAAUUGGCUGCCGCUACAGAAUCCAAGAAGCGUCCCGCCGAAGAAGAGCUGGAGAACUCUAGAAUCCCCACAGGUCCUGCCGCUAUGCGCAAGCAGAACAAUGCAUCUCAACCUCCGGCUCAAGGAAGUUUCGACCAGAACAACUUCAUCCAGUCCAUGAAUGCUCUUGCCAACCAGCAGGGCAUGCAAGGCAUGGGCAACUUCAAUCCAGCCAUGAGCAUGGGCUUCCCUGGUAUGAUGGGAAUGCCGAUGAACAUGAUGGGCAUGCCAAACCCGAUGAUGAUGAACGGCGGAUGGGGAGGUAUGGGAUACAUGAACAACGGCAUGAACGGCAUGGGCUUCCCUCAGCAACAACAGCAGCAACGUGGAGGAAACAUGUAUGGCGGAGGCUACAACAACCAAAUGAUGGGCCAGAACGGCGGCUACGGACAAGGACAAGGACAACAAUGGCAAGGCAACCAGAACUGGAACAACGCAACCAGCAACAACCAGCAGCAACAGCAACAACAGCAGCAGCCGCAGGGAGAAGGCGAUGAUGGCGCAUACAUCCGCCGUCCAGUCAACCCGCAUCGUCACCAAGCACGCAACCGCAGACAGCGAUCAGUCGACUAUCGCGAGAUGUGA